GAAACUUUGCUUCGUUCGACUAAAUUCAUAUUGAACAGCAUUGAUGUGUCAAACUGCUGCCGGUUGCACAUUCAUAUUGAUCUGAGCAUUUGAAAAGGGUUCAAUAAUGGGCAGAAAAAGAAUAGGGGCACAUGCCAUUCGUGGCAAUAGGCCGAAACCGCGGAAAGUUGAAGAUGGCAAGCAAAAGGAGGAGAAAGCAUACUUUGCAAUCAAGUUGGCCGCCGCUAGUAUUGUUCGACCGGAAUAUCGUGAUCGUGUUCUGCCAUGGAUCACAAAAACCAGCAUAAAAUGCACCGAAAUAUCUGAAUUGGCGUCGCUUUUAUUCCUCAACAAAGUCAGAGUUGCCACUGAAGAGGCCAUCAUCACCGGCAAUUGGGAAUAUUUCGACGAUGGCGAUGGAAUGUACAUCAUCGAAAAUUGCUUCUAUGCUGUGUUGCGGCGCUACAAGGAAGACGAUUUCAUUAUGGAUCCAUGGUUCCGGCAUUGCUUUGAGAAUGUGGACACAGAGAAUCGCUCCGCAUGGCCAAACAAUGAUUACUUCGGCAACUUGAUGAAAUAUUUAAUCCAAAAAUAUGGCCGUAAUGUGAAGACGAAUUUGGAUACACAUGCACAGAAACGAUUGCGAUAUUUCUUGAGAUUGAAGGCAUUCAGACAGAACUACACUAACCGAACGAAUGGCCUACCGAAUACAUACGAUGAACGAGAUGUGGCAAAUGCAGUAUCAUGGGCAAUGAAACGAUAUGACGCAACAAGAGGUGAUGCGGAUCGCUUGGCCAAACGAGAUCGAUUACUGCUUUAUGUUCGAGACAUUCGCGGACCGACUGACGAUGAUAUCGCCAAAUUCACCAAAGACGAAGAUACAUGGUUUGCAUCAUUGCCAAUGUGGUUGAUCAUGCAAUCAGAAAUCGAAACGCACCUCAACUGGGUUGAACAGCACCACGACAACAUCGUGCAAGUCAUUGCGUUGCCAAACAUCAAGAAUUUGGUGGUCAUCCCAAUCUGUCAUCACACGCGAAAGGCAGUGAGAAUAGACGCUGAUGUUUUGUAUCGUAUGAUGUGCGAAACCGGUACCAUUCCGCGUGAUGAAUAUGGUCGGCAACAUACAGUGGGCCACGUCACGUCAAAAUCAAAUCAAGCGUAUUAUUUCAAUAUGAUUUUUAACAUGGAGAAAAUCAAUCGAGUGUUGAAAGCAAACAAAAAAUUCGAACAUAUUCUCAGCGAUGGUGUAUCGGCAUCGAUUCUGUACACAGUGAAGAAAACCGUAGUCGACAAGUUAGUGGAAGAUGGUUUGGUGCGUAAACGGUACUCUGAUGGUUUCUAUGUCUAUGAAUUGGGCAUUGAUUGGGGCAUGAAGACGUGGAAUGCAACCGUUAGGCGACGGAUUAAUAAUGACAAAGAGCGAAUUCAUAAUGGCAAAGAGAUGAACUUCACAAUCAACAGCAAGAAGUAUCAUUAUGGGACCGGAGAAGGAGUGCGUAAAGAAAAGAGAGAGCGAUGGACUCGUGCCUUUGGGCAGUUCGAAGAGAGUGAUCGAAACAACCGAGCGCGAUAUGACCGAAUGCCACCACCAAAAGGAAGCAAUUGGCGUGACUACAUACGGCAUCGAUUCACCAUCAUGAAGAAAGCCAUUGCAGUGUACACAACCGAAAAGUACACACGUUUAAGUUUUGAUCAUUACAUCGAGUCCAAUCGGGUCAGUGACAAGGUGGCCGCAAUGCUGACAAAUCGCAAACGAUGCAUCAUUAACAUUGGAGCUUCCCAACCACCUGCAAAUUCACCAAUACAGAUCAAGAAACACGUUCGAUGCCCGGGCGUGCGGAAAUUGGUGAAGAGUUUCAAGAAAAUGGAAGGCAAUGUCAUACGAUUUGUGAACGAAGCCAGAUCAUCACGAUUGUGUGCCAGAUGUUUCGAACCGUUUCCAUUAAGUACAUUGAACGAUCGUGUCAAGGUGUGUGAAUGGUGCAUACCCGAUCAAGAUGAUUGGCCUGAUGGAAUGAAGCUACCAGAGAAAAUUGUAGCGGCAAAGAGCAAGCGGAAGUUACGAUCAGAGCGACGAGCGAUGCGGAAAACAGCAGUGCAGAAUCCAAAUCAACCCCGUGGUUUUGUGUCUAAGGUGAUUUGCUACCGUAAAAACUGGCAACAAAACGCGGCCAACGGUAUGGAUGACAAUGUUGAAGAGCGCAGAGGUGUAAUCAUUCACGACGCUGAACUCGAUAUCAUCGAGUACACAGAUGAAUAUGUGCCCGAAGACCCUGUUGACGACUCUCCAGUACUGAAGACAGUUUGGCAACGUGACAUUUCGGCUGCAAAAUUGAUCUUGUACAGAGGGCAUUGCGAACUCUUUGGACAUCGGCUGCAUGAUGCGUUCACACGUCAACACCUCGUGUAUCCAACUCGAUUCCGAGUCAACUUCAACAUUCAUUAAUAUCAAUGGAGCCGCAAUUUAUGAUUUAUUUUUCAAGAGAAUUUAUGUAACAGUAUGUUAUUUGUAGUUGGUUGAGGUCUUAGUCUCCCAGACAUCAUCGAUACCAGAUAUCGAUGGCUAUCUAUAUUCUAUAGUCUAUAUAGAUGUAGGUAGAGUACAGGAUAAUUCCUGUAGGUGAGUAUCACUAUUUAUUAGCAUAUUGAAUAUUGAUUCAUAAUCGUUUUUAUAUCAUCCUAAUUGAUUUGUUUUUACUGUUCUUUUUCUACUUCCAUUGUGACGUUAAAAAUGACUGAAACUACACCCAAAUGCGGGCCCAAAUUCAACCGUUUACAUACGCUUGGUAAUGGAUGUAUUUGCGAGAACAAUUGGCAGUAACGAGAUGCAAUUUGUUGAGGUGGACGAAAAAGGCUUUUGAAGGAUUUUUUCAUGAGAUUUCAGUGAUCAGCAAAUGUUAGAAGUUGAUCCUGGCCUACGUUUGGGUGGUGUACGAUGCAUAGAGCUGCCAGUUGAAGCGAACUGUUCAUGUUCGUUCGAGUUUUUUUUUGAACUUGAACGAACAUGAACACGAAUUCCUUAGAAUGUUUGAACAUUCGAGUUCAGUUCAACUGGCAGUUCUAACGAUGUACCGUGAUGGCAAUGAAGAAAUCAUUUGAUUGAAAAAUUUCAAAUAUUAUCGUUUAUCGUCAAUAUCAUAUGUACCACAUUCUUCGCUAUUUAAAAGCAAAAUUCGAAGCAUAAAUGUAUAUAAUCGCUAUCCAGGAUUUGUUACGGUGCAUUGUACCAGAAGAGCACUUGACAAAUUGACAGAAUUGAUCAAUGGCAGAAAAUCAUUUGUUUUCGUCGAACAUGUGUUCUUGCCUGGAAGAUCUCCAGUCGAAGGCUAUGGUUCCGAUGUACGUGAAGACGCAAAAUCUCAGCGAUAUCAACAACAACCAAACAUAAUGUUCUCAGCAAGAUCAAGUGAGAAAUUCUCGCGUGCCAUAGGUGUUCCGUCGACAACCGAUAAAGUGUAGUGCUUGUAAGUUCUGUGUGAUUUGAAUGUAAUCAUUUAGGAUUUUUUUGCUGCAAAAUCACUAAGUAUCAAUAUAAAAUCCUUUCUCUUUUACAGUGUAAAGGUGUAUUUAACUAGAAUGUUUAUUCUAUGAAAAAUGUCACAAUAAAAUGUGCGCAUUUGAGUUCCUUCAAUUGUAACAACACGCUUAUUGGUUACAGUUGUUAACACUAAACAUAAAAAAAAACAAAA